AUGGUUGAUGAACUCUUGGAUGAGCUACACGGUGCAUGCUUCUUUACAAAGCUGGAUUUACGAUCGGGUUAUUAUCAGAUUCGUCUCUUCGGGCCAGAUAUUGCUAAGACUGCUUUUCGGACACACGAUGGACAUUAUGAGUUCUUGGUCAUCCCUUUUGGACUUUACAAUGCUCCAGCUACUUUUCAAAGCUUAAUGAACGAUAUAUUCAGACCUCAUUUACGCAGUCUUUCUGAGCAUCUCAAGCAUUUAUCUAUUGUGUUUGAUAUUUUACGUUCUAAUCAACUGUUCGUGAAAGAGUCUAAGUGCACAUUUGCUCAAUAUUCUGUGGGAUAUCUAGGCCAUGUUAUCUCAUCUGAUGGAGUUUCCGUUGAGGAUGAUAAAAUUAAAAGUAUUACAUCGUGGCCCAUUCCUAACACAGUUAAAGAACUUCGAGCAUUUCUGGGUUUAGCCGGUUAUUAUCGCAAGUUUGUCAAGAACUUUGGCAUUAUCAAUUUUACAAAGGAUUUUUAUCUUGAAUGUGAUGCAUCUGGUGGUGGUUUGGGCGCCGUAUUAAUGCAGUCUGGCGGACCCAUUACUUACUACAGCAAGCCGCUAUCUGGUAAAAAUUUGAAUCUUUCAGUUUAUGACAAGGAAAUGUUAGCAGUCGUGUCUGCUACACGGGAAGAAAAUAUAGUUGUUGAUGCAUUGUCUCGAAUUCCAGGACCUCAGCUUAUAUCACUUUCAGCACCUAUAUUCUCUGGAGUACAUGCUACUGUCAAUGAAUGUCAUCAAGAUGAGGAAUACGGGUCACUUAUUAUUAAUUUGCGUGGUAAUUUGGAGUUUAAACGCAAUUUUACGUAUGUGGAUGGCAUACUAAGAUAUAAGCAAAGGAUUGUGGUUGUUUCUUCUUCCUCGUGGUGCUCCAAAUUACUUGAGGAAUUUUACACAACCCCAUUAGGUGGACAUUCAGGUUACUUACGAACCUUCAAGCGACUACAACAAAAAUUUUAUUGGAAAGGCAUGAAGCAUUCGAUUAAGAAGUUCAUUGACCGUUGUGACAUUUGCCAACGGAACAAGUCUGAAUCAAUAGCUCCCCCUGGACUUUUGAAUCCCUUUGCUAUCCCUGCUGACGUGUGCCUUGAUAUUUCAAUCGACUUCAUUGAUGGAUUCCCAUUAUCUAAUAGAAAAAGCUCAAUUCUAGUUGUUUUUGAUCGACUAUCGAAAUAUGCGCAUUUUAUUGCUUUGUCUCAUCCUUAUUCUGCUAGCACAGUUGCUGAAGUAUUUGUGAGAGAGAUAGUUCGACUUCAUGGGAUGCCCAAGAGUAUUGUCAGUGACAGAGAUGCGAUAUUCAUGAGCAAUUUUUGGACUGCUUAUUUUUCUUUGCAGGGUACUCAGUUAUGCCACAAUACGGCGUACCAUCCACAAUCAUACGGUCAGACUGAAGUUACUAACCGCACCUUAGAGUGCUAUUUGCGCUUCUUUGCUGGUAUGAAGCCAAAGGAAUGA